CGACAAGUUGGCGAUAAUGGGCAGCCUGCCGAAUCUUCACGAGCUGGAGGAGGCGGAGCGCAAGCGGGAGAAGCGGCGGGAGUAUGAGCUGCUCCUGGAGCAGCGGGCUCGGGACACGAGUCGGGAGCGGGAGCGCCUCUCCGCCUUUGCCCAGCAACGCAAGCAAUCCUCAUAUAAUGCCUACAUUAUGGCUGGCCUGGGUAUCGGCGGCGGCGGCGGAUCUUUAAUCAAUUCCGGCGCUGGCACAGCCACCGGGAACGGAGAACUGCCCAGCGGUAAUGGGACAAGUUCCUCCGGCAAGGGAGCACAGGGAAUGAUGGGGCCAGCAGUCCUGGCCAAUGCAUCUGGUGCGGCAGCUCCUCCUCUGGUGGCCACCACAACCGCUGCCACAUUGAGUGGGUUCGGUAUGCUGGGAUUGGGCAAGAAGUAUGCACCACAUUCGCAUCACCACCAGCAUCAUCAUCAGCAUCGCCACUCGCUGACCACCAGGCAUCGUGUGCUCCGUACCCGAAGCUCCGGGGGAAACCAGAACGUCUGGGAUGAGCAGAUGAUGGAGCAGCGCCUGACCACCUACUCGCCCUCACCCAUAUCGACGCGGUCGCAUCGUAUCAACCCGGUGUCCUCGUACCAGGUGCAGGCCGCCCUGGCCGCCUCGCGCCGGAGGGAGUCCAUUAACAGCAGCAUCGGAGCCACCUCCAUCCGACGCCUGAUCACGCUGAAUAACCGCAAUUGCCGGCACAAGGUGCCCGCCCAUGUGCGCCAGAAGGUGUGGCGCCAGUUCAGUUGCCUCAGCUUGGCCCACGGCCUGAUGAACGCCGUCCUGCUGCCGGUGAUGGCCCUGCAGGGUUCCAAUGCCGUUUGGCAUCAUCGGGAGCAGUGGCUGCCCCUUGGCCCGGACGUUGGCAGUCUGCUACUGGCCGCCCUGUUCCUGGUGGCCGCCGGCAUGAGCCUGCCCAGCAUCCGGCUGAUGCGACGCUAUGGUUACGCCCCGCUGCUGGCGGCCAACUACCUGGCGGUGGCCCUGUUCCUGCUAUCGCACCUGUACGCCUCCAUCUACACGCUGUUGCCAGCCUAUCUGCUGCUGGGCUUCACCCUGAGCGGCGCGGCCUGCUCCAAGGCGGCCCUGAUUGUCCACUAUGGAGGCAAGCUGAGCUGCCCGCAGCAGCACUCCUGCGAGUCGCAGCAGUCACAGGCGGCGGUGGAUGUGCUGCACGAGGAGCACAAGAUGUUCUGCAACCGGGACCAGAAGGUGCGGCGUCUGGCCCGCUGGUUCCGGGCAUCCCAGGACCUGGGACUCAUCGCCGGCGCCCUGCUGGCCUCGCUGCUCCUCGCCUGCAGCGAGGGCGACUGGAGUGGUGACUGCUCCGGACUGGUGGACAAUGGCAACGAAAGCUGGCCGCCCCAGCUGCGGGACUUUUACAAUCGGAACGAGCACGGAGAGCGAAUCUGUGGAGCGGACAUGUGCCCGCUGCGGGUGCAGUCCCUCCUGGCAACGAACUAUGCUAAUGGCACGGCCCUGCCCAGCUCCAUCUACGCGGGAUUCAUCGAGAGUGAGCCCCGGGUGGCGGGACAGUCGCUGCUCUGGCUGUAUGUGCUCUUUGCCCUGGUCUCCCUGCUCCUCUCACUGGUAGUGGGAGUGGGUAAGGUUCACUCCACGGGCUCAUCGCGACCGGAGAGAUCUGGCAGUAGCAGCGGAAGCUCUCGGGAUGUGACCAUCACGGAUACCCUGCUAUUUGCCGGACCCCUGGCCUACUUUGUGGGCACGGAGCAGGCCUAUAUGCUGGGUGACUUCCUAAGGGCCUUCGUCACCUGCUCCCUGGGCAUUGGCAUGAUUGCCGGGGCUCUGAUCGGCAUGGGAUUGAUGCAGCUCAUCGUCUCGUGCACGCUGAGCAUGCUCCUCCGGCACGUCAAGCGGAUCGUGGUGAUUUUGGCUGGAUUCUUCUUUCACUCCUGCCUGCUGCUGGCCCUGUCCAGCUGGAAGCCAUCGAGUGAUGACAGCGCCCUGUUCUAUGUUAUCGCCGCCUCAUGGGGCGCCUGCAAUGGGAUGUGGGAGACGCUGCUCCUCUCACUGGUCACCCUGAACCAUGCCGGUCACGUGGCCGAGGUUUCCGCACCGCUACUGGGACUGCGCUUCCUGGGCCUGGGCCUGACCUUUGCCGGCCAUGGCUUCCUGUGCGAGUCGCUGAAGGUGAUUGCCUUGGUGGUGCUGCUGGUGAUCAGCGUUCCACCAUAUGCCACGCUGGAGAUCCGCCUGGAGGCGCAGCGCAAGGCGACGCUGGUCAGCUUAUGACGCAGCAUCUUCAGCUAGUCCCGACUCCUGCGACGGGGCACCGUGGCCCGGACGCACACCAUGUGAGGGCGUCGGAACACGGCAGCGGAUGUGGAUAUGGCAGCGCCGCCGGAUCUGCUCCACCUGCAACCCGUCAGUAUUGAACGAGAGACACAAGUCAGGCUGCCCCUCAGGCCACACUUCAGUAUUUCCCAGAUCUUCGAGCAGAGGUAGAGGCAUGUAGGCAACCUCUGUUCGAGGAGCCCCUGGGUCAGGUUAACGAUAACGAUAACGAGUUCGUAAGGCUUAGCACUUAAGAUGAUCUAUCUAUAUAUACAUAUAUACUUGUGCGCGGUGCUGGGCGAACCUUUUCGAUCCCGGCGCCAUAUGCAUUCUCAAUUGUAGCAUUUGCCAGUGCCAGUAAUGUUGUUCCAUGUCUAUAACCUAUCUAUCAAAUAGAGAGAAAGAGAACUCGGGAGGUCUCCAGACGUUGAGCAUGUAGCAUACGUUAUAUAUCUGGGAUGAAGCAUACUUGAUGUAUCCUACAUUAUUAGAUGUUUUACUCUGAUGUGAGCCCAGAGGUCAUGACGUUAUUCAUCCGACUCACUAACCCCCUGGAGAUACAAUAAGGUGGGAUGUAACUUGUAAGCCUAGAACCGAUCCGAACCUGUCCAGAAUCACUAUGAAUGUACUCCUUGUCUGUGUCUAUCAUCGGUGUUAUGUAAGUUUUGUGUAAGUUCGAGCCUCUCCAGUUCCAGUUCCUGUUCCAUCUCCACUUCCACUCUUACGAAUAGCAACUGUUAUGAUAACAAGGUGAAAUCCUAAGGUCUUAGGUGUAAGAACAAUGUUAACAUUUUCGAGAAUUUUGACGGACGAGAGAGCAUUGCUUGUACUACAUCGGGCUGGUGUAUAUAGCCGCGAUUCGUUGUUAUGAUAGGUGGUUAGCCAUAUACUACAUACACCCAAGAAUAUAUGCAUGUGUAUUUUUUUGCUCCCAAGCGAGAUGAUUCGCAUUGAAUACUGAUCACUGAAUCCGGAAUAAUAAGGCAAUGGCAAAACGAGUUAAGCGGGAACCUGUGUUCGAGUUCUAUGCGUAUGGAUGUGUAUUGUACUAUAUAUAUCGUAGGUAUGUCCAGCUCCAGCU